CGUAGAGUUAGUGUCGAUCAACGACCAACGGUUCAAGCACAGCUUCAAAAAAUAACAAAAAUUAAAAAAAAAAUCUACCCUUAAAGUUGUGAAGUUAAGAAGAUUCAAAUCAAAGAAGUUUUCAACAUCAACUUUUUUUGAAUUACAAUAAUUGUUGUGAUUGUUAUUUAGUUUGCGGGAUGUUUAUUUAUUUAUAUGCUUAUUUAAUUUGCGGUUAAGUUGAGAACAAAAUUUUGGUGUUAGUGAAAGAUUAUUUUUUGAUUUAUUCGAUUUAUUAUUUUGGGGUGGACGUUUUGAAACGGGUGGCAAAGUGUUGCAAAUAAGGGAGGAUCGCGGGCCGGGACUUUCGGUCAGUGGCAUGACUGUGCAGGACGAGUCCAGGGCCAUGCCACAGACAGCGGCCACACGAUCGCGAUUCAUGAUAACGGAUAUCUUAAGCGGCGGACCACCACCAGAUGGCGGCGCCCUUUUAAGAAGUCCACGAUCUCCAAGUCCAGGACCAAGAGAUUUAUCAUUAUCUUCACAACCUUUACAUCACGAUAGCGAUACAGAUAGUUCCGGACAUCCGGAUACUUCAAGUGUAUGCUCAAAUGGUCAAAAUGGUGAUGAUUCCUCAUUAAACUCAUCAAAAAGUUCAAGUGGUGCGAUAAGUAAAAAACAACGAAAAGCUCGAACAGCUUUUACCGACCUUCAAUUACAAACGUUAGAGAAAAGUUUCGAACGUCAAAAAUACCUCAGCGUUCAAGAUCGAAUGGAAUUAGCGGCUAAAUUGAGUUUAACCGAUACUCAGGUCAAAACGUGGUAUCAAAAUAGAAGAACUAAAUGGAAACGACAAACGGCUGUCGGAUUAGAAUUAUUAGCCGAAGCUGGAAAUUAUGCAGCUUUUCAACGAUUAUACGGAGCACCACCUUACGGUUGUUGGUAUCCUCCUCAAUCAGGACCAAGCGCAGCCCCGAGUGCAGCUGAUUUAUAUUACAGACAGGCGGCGGCUGCGGCUGCUGUAACGCUCCAGAAACCGUUACCUUAUCGAUUAUAUCCCCCGGGAAUGGGAUUGGGUAUCCCAGGACCUAGUGCUCACCUAAACAGUUUAGCAGCAAGCAGUUCAUUGACCAAUUUAUCGAAUUAUUAUGGUGGUGGUCAAACGACGGAAUCAACAGCACCACGAUCUCCAAGCCCGGACACACCACUCGAUCCGGGUUCUCCCGGAUCGGGAGGAAGAAGGACGCCAAGUGACGAUGAGGACACUAUACACGUGUAAAAUAAAUAUUUAAGAAGAUAUUUAAGAAGAUGAAACGUAGUGGUGGUGUGCAAAAUGAGACUUAAAAAUAAUUUCGAAAAAAUUUCGGAACGAAGAAGAGUAUAUGUUAUCGAUAGUGCUGACAGUUUUUGAAUUGUGAUAUCACGGACGUUUAUGUACAGACGGUUGUUAAUUUAUUCGAGGAACUUUUUGUUUCGUUUUUUAAUUUUUUUCAGUCCGCGCUUUUCGGUGUUUUCCGUGUCUCCACGUCCAUCCGGCGAAGUGUCAAAAACCGUCACAUUCCGUUGGUUUCGGCGUGAAUCUCCCCUCCCCAUUUUACAUUUUUCUUUUUUUAAUUUUUCGUGUAAAUCACACUUCUGUAUUUUUGUGUAUAAAUUUUGAAACGAUUAAACGAAGAUUAAGUUUAACAA